GCAAAUGUUGUAUACUGAUCGUACUUUUGAAACAUCUGCUGAACGAAAAGUACUUUGUUACAUUAUCGAUAUAUCCCGGAUAAAACUGGUGUGUUAGAAUUCGAUGGAAACAUGUAUACGUAAAUACAUUUCUUGGUCAAUUCGGGAGACUAGCGUCAUCAAAGUCAAAGUACAGCUCCGCGUUUGGUUCUCAGCGGUGGACACUUAAAAGAGAAACAGCGAAACGAUGAGCUUUCUAUGAUCGCGUCGAAACUUGCCGUAACUGUGUGGAAUCUUUGGCCUUGAUUAUUGAUUUUUUUAACUCUAGCUUCAAGCAAAUCAAAGGGUACAGGUGUAGUGCUUGCAUGUCUUGGCAUUUUGUGACAUGUUUUUAUCGAUAGAUUAAAUCCUUUAUGACCAAAGUGGUUCAGUUGAGUUACUUUGUACAAUUACCGUACCCUAAGGAAAACAUUGCAAAAGCUGGCGAUGAAAUGCGAAUGAAAGAUAUAAUAAGUACGGGACAUUAGCAACUUGAAGGUCAGAUUCCGUACAUAAUUCAUUAUGGCCAAAGUGGAAUAGAAAUUGAAACUUCACGCAUUGUAUGAUGGGAAGUUGCACCAGCUCACCCGAGGUAGUCGUCAUCUCUAACGAGACAGACCCACCGGAGAAGUCAGUAAAGUCUGGUCAAAAUGACAAACAGGACGAUGGGAUCCUUAUCAAAGCCAACACGCCAUGGCGUAACCUUGGUUAUGAAGUCUACAAAGGACUAAUGGGAGAGGAAUUAUUUAAAAAGAAGGUUGAGGAUUUCGAGAAGCCUUUUCCCCCGCCUGGACUUUUCGCUCAAGGUAGAAUUGCAUAUGAUACUACCAAACUCAAGUUACUAUUUGGUGCGAAAGUUUUAGUCAAGGGACAACGAGCAACUCAUUCAGUAGGAGUUGGAUCUGAGGGGAUAGCGACGAUUGUCUCUAAUCCACAAUUUCCAGCGUGUGAGUUUUUUACUCCUGGAGCUUCGUACCCAGUCUGUCUCCGCCACUCUACUAUCAAGUCCGUGGAUGACGUACUGAUUGACUUUUGCGGCGGUGCGUUAAGGUUUGCCGGAAGUGACGAAAUGGACAGUCCAUGCGAUCUCAUUAUGGGGACUGGACCGACAACACCAUUGUGGAGUUCUCAGGCCAUAUUUGAUGCAGCAAGAGCCAAUAUUACAAAGGAUUUGAAAACUUAUUUGCUUCUCGGGCCUGAUCAUCUCAAAGCCAACAUUGGAGGUCUGCGCCAAAAGCCUGAAUCCUUUUACGACCAGCGGUAUUACACAGAAGUGAUUUUCGACUUCAAAACGUUUGAUGAAGUGAAGCGUUACGUUAGAUUCCGGCUGCUGCCCGCUGAUGGGCGACCAGAAACAGGCUUGUUGUCUGAGGAAGUCCAGUGGCACCCAUGGAUAAAUGAAAGGUCACCCGAUGAGACACUGCCAAUGGACUACCUAAAGCGUGAGUACAGAGAGAGAAUUUCCAAGGGACCACUGGACUAUAAACUACAGCUGCAAUUCCAUGAACCGAAGGAAGAUGAUCCCCCAACGAUCCUUCAAGUUGGGAGAGAAUGGGACGAGGAAUCACAUCCAUGGCUUGAUGUGGCUGACAUCAAAAUGACUUCGCUGUUGUCUCCGAUGGCAACGGAACGCCUGAAAUAUAUUUAUAAAAACCUUCCAGCUUCAAUUGGUAUUUUGCCGGCCGUUUCUGUUGACGAUCCGAAUGUUGUUGUCCAGAUCCGUAACGAAGUAUAUGUCUGGUCUCACAAACUUCGCGAAAACAGGUCAAACAAGCUCGUCCCAGAGCACAUGACGUCCUAUCUUAUCCGCGUGGAAACUGGAAGCCAUUCUGGAGCAGGAACAGACGCUUCCAUUUCUAUUACAUUGACAGGCACUAAAGGAAAGACAGAUUUUAUUAAGUUGGACAACUGGGGCAAUGACUUCGAGAGAGGAGACGUUGAUGAAUAUUCCGUAGAGGCAAUAGAUGUUGGCGAAGUUCUAAUGGUGCAUCUUCAUAACGACCGAGGUGGAUGGUGGUACAAGAAUCCUGAUUGGUUCGUUAACAAGAUCGCGGUGAUAAGUUCCACUCAGGAUGAUCCAUUUGAGUUUCCAUGUUAUCGCUGGGUGCUAUCAGAUUUGGUGGUAUUUGAAGGGAGAGCUUCUCUUCCAUUCCAAGAGCUGCCAGAUGUCGUAAAACAUCAGAGAAUUUUCGAAUUAAAAAAUCGCCAGGAACAUUAUAAAUGGGGAAAUGAAGAGGUGUAUCAUGGUCUUCCUGGUUACCUCCACGCAGCGACACAUGCUGAUAUUCCAAGAGAUUCGCAGUUCUCUGAUGAGGCUAGGAGCACCAUAAAGGAAGACAUUAAGAAAGCGAUUUUAAAACUCGGUCUCGGUCAUUUGAUGACACUCCUCGACAGCUGGGACAAUUUCGAUGAUUUUGAAAAGAUCCUUCAGAACCUUAAUCGUGUUCGGCUGAAGAUUGUCGAAGAUGACCGAUGGAUGACCGACGAGGUGUUUGGGUCAUUGUUCUUGAACGGCGUAAAUCCGAACAUGAUCCAGCGCUGUGAGGAGUUUCCAAGUAAUUUCCAUGUCACUGAAGAAAUGGUGAAGAGCUGUAUGGAUCGAGGCAAGACUCUUGAAGAGGAAAUGAAGGCAGGUCACGUGUACAUAGUAGAUUACAAGGUGCUUGAGGGCAUUCCAACUAGAGAGGGCACUUACUUGGCACAACCCUUGGGUCUGUUUUAUGUCAACACUUCAGGCGACCUGGUUCCCAUUGCCAUUCAGUUUCUACAGCAACCAAGCGACACCAACCCAAUAUGGACUCCAAGUGAUUCACAAUAUGAUUGGCUGCUGGCGAAGAUGUGGUUGCGUCAUGCUGACACUCUAGUGCAGCAGGUAAAUACUCAUCUACUCGAAACCCACCUUGUGAUGGAACCAUUUGCUGUGGCGGUGUGGCGUCAACUUCCCUCGAUUCACCCCGUUUUUCAACUCCUUUUUCCACACCUUCGCAGUGUGAUGGCAAUUAACAAUUUCCUUAGAACUGGCUUUGUAGCUGAGAACAAAAGAGCCCAAGAGAUACUUAAGAAAGGUUUCAAGGCUUUCAAGUUUGGUAUGCUUUCGCUCCCCGACACGUUAAAAGAGAGGGGUGUUGAUGAUCCGGAAAAAUUACCGAAGUUUUAUUUCAGGGACGAUGCCCUCCGUUUAUGGUCAGCCAUUACAACUUUCGUCAAAGAGGUCAUCAUCCUUUACUAUACGUCAGAUGAUGAUGUUUCCAAGGACAGCGAGCUUCAAGCUUGGAUUAAAGAUGCUCAUGACAACGGUUUUCAAGAGGGGGAGGGAGGCGACGACCACGGAUGUCCAAACAGCCUUGAAACACGUGAACAACUUAUCCACGUGCUAACAUGCUUGGUGUUCACGUGCUCGUGUCAGCAUGCCGCAGUCAACUUUGGUCUUUUGGAUGUGGCGGGUUUUGUUCCCAUUUCUCCCUCGGUGAUGCGUCAACCGCCUCCAACGAAGAAAAACGAGACAACUCUGAAGUCCAUCAUGGACGCACUACCGAGCAAGUCUGAGGCUGCUCAGCAAGUAGCGCUGGGUUACGUCUUCACGCAAUUUGCAGAGGAUGAGCGUUAUAUAGGCGACAUGACACACAGCCUUUUGACUGGGGACGAGGAAGAUGCGGCCAUGACUCGCUUCCAGGUCGCUCUGCAAGAGAUCUCUGAUUCGAUCAAGGCCCGCAAUGAAGCAUUGGAAUUGCCAUACAUCUUUCUCUUACCCGAGAGAGUUCCCAAUAGUAUUGGUGUCUGAAGCUUUGCUGGAUCAAAUAUAAAAAUUAUCAAUUUGUCUCAAAAACUUGUCGCUGUUACGUUCACGAGUUAGUUGUGCGGUGUAUAUGGCUUUUAACAUAGGCGUCCAUAGCGUAUAUAUUUAUAUCGCAUUUCUUCAUUGUUGUUGUUGUUGUUGUUGUUGAUUUUUAAAUCUUAAACCUCUUGUCGCAACAGCUCUCGAGAUUUGUUUAUAAUUUUGACCAAUGCAUAGCUAGUUACACCUAUCCUGAUCUCGGUGUGGGAUCGUUGCCUUCAGUAAAUGAUUAUCCCCCCUUUCAGUGAAGUAUGCCUUAUUUUUCUUUGAAAGUUAACAUAUUUAUUACAUUAUUUACACUGAUGGCAAUUAAACACCAUUUUUUGUAUUUUAUUUUUGCCUGACUUGGUGACAAGUUCUAUUUUUAUAAAAGCUUUUAAACUCAAGUCCUGAUCAUAAAAUUGUUUCUUUUAA